AAAAUGGGUUUUACUAAAAUAGCAAAGUUGCUCCUUUUUUUGCUAGUUCUGUUGAUACCUCAUCUUGCAGAAUGUGGUUCUGAUUACUCCACCUUGGUCUACAAGGGUUGUUCAAAGGACAGUUUCACAGAUCCAAAUGGGGUAUACUCCCAGUCACUUUCUGCACUCUUUGGCUCAUUGGUUUCACAAUCCACCAAAGCCAAGUUCUUUAAAACCACUUCUGGCAGUGGCCAAAACACCAUCACUGGUCUCUUCCAAUGCAGAGGGGAUCUCACCAAUUCUGACUGCUACAACUGUGUCAGCAGGCUCCCAGUUCUGUGUGACAAACUUUGUGGCAAAACCAUAGCCGCCAGGGUCCAACUCCUAGGUUGUUACAUGCUGUACGAGGUUGCAGGGUUUUCCCAAAUCUCAGGUAUGCAGAUGCUGUACAAGACUUGUGGGGCAACAAAUGCUGCUGGUAGGGGGUUUGAAGAGAGAAGGGAUACUGCAUUCUCGGUGAUGCAAAAUGGGGUUGUUAGUGGCCAUGGUUUUUACACAACCAGUUACCAGUCUGUGUAUGUGAUGGGACAGUGUGAGGGAGAUGUUGGGGACUCUGAUUGUGGAGAGUGUGUCAAAAAUGCUGUGCAGAGAGCCCAAGUUGAAUGUGGUAGCUCUAUUUCUGGACAAGUCUUUUUGCACAAGUGCUUCAUCAGCUAUAGCUAUUACCCAAAUGGGGUUCCUUCUAGAUCAUCUUCAUCUACUGCAUCAUCUUCUUCCUACUCUUCAUCUUCCUCAGGGCAAAAUCCAGGGAAAACAGCAGCUAUAAUAUUAGGAGGGGCAGCUGGGUUGGCUUUUCUGGUUAUAUGCUUGCUAUUUGCUAGGAGUUUGAAGAAGAAACAUGAUGGUAUGAGUUAUGUGCGGCAAUAA